UGCAUCCAGCUUUUCUCAACUUUAUUGGCAUCUUAUUUGGGUCACUAAAAAAAGGGAAACGUCAGUGCUGAGGCUGAAUCAUGAUUUUAUAAUCCACAUUUGUGUUGCAAUUUGAUCUUGCGAUUUGCAGAUGAAUAUAUGCAUUUUCACUGUUAACUUUCAGCUGGAGAGCAGCAAGGAAGGUAGUAUGCUCGCAGCACUUGCCCCUUUCUUUUGUCCCCCUCAUAAUGAAUGAGAGCCGUCGCAUUUCCGGGACAUCGGCUAGUGGAAGGGCAGCCCUAUAUGUAUAUAUAUGGUCCCUGACUAGAUCUUUGGUAUAUGAACCUAGCUAGAGCAUCUUGGUACACAUUCAUUGACAGGGUCACAACAAUGUGGGGAAUGGCACACCUGGAUGAGUGGAGGCCGGUGAUGGCAAUGCUGGUCUUCAACCUCAUCUCUGCUGUGAUGACAGCGUUGGUGAAGGAGGCGCUCCAACAAGGGCUCAACAGCCUGGUCCUCAUCACUCUUCGGCAGUUGGUGGCAACCGUCUUCCUAGCUCCCAUAGCCUACUUCAAAGAACGGAACACAAGGCCGAAGCUCACGGCAGAGAUCUUUGUGUACCACUUCUUCAGUGCAGCGCUUGGCGCUGCGCUCUCACAGUACACCUUCUUCUACGGGCUCAAGUUCACGACUGCGACGUUCGCCAUAACAUUCGCCAACUUGGCUCCAGUCCUCACCUUCUUGAUCGCCAUAGCUCUGCGGGUGGAAUCACUCAACAUGAAGAGCAAAGCAGGAUCUGCAAAGAUCAUCGGGACGCUCAUGUCGUUCGGAGGGGUGCUUCUACUAAGUCUCUACAAGGGUGUUGCCGUGACACAACAGAGCACUGCUGCUGCACUGAGCUCAUCUCACCAUGCAGCUUCCUCUCAAGUAGGUAUUGACAAGAAGAGCUGGAUGCUGGGAACUGUAUCAUUGCUGGCAAACUGCCUGUUCUUCUCCUUUUGGCUGCUGCUGCAAAGCCGGCUGACAAAGAAGUACCCGGCGCUCUACUCCAGCACCGCCAUCAUGUUCUUCAUCAGCACACUGCAGGCCGGAGCACUGACGGUGACGAUGGAGAGGCACUCAUCAGUGUGGAUUGUGACAAGGAGGCUGGAGAUCCUCACAAUCUUGUAUUCAGGCAUCAUGGCAUCCGCAGCAGGCUUCCUGAUAAUGACCUGGUGUGUCCACAAGAGGGGUCCAGUUUUCACUGCAGCCUUCAUCCCCAUCAUUCAGAUCAUGGUAGCCAUCAUCGAUUUCUUCUUCCUCCACGAGCAGAUCUAUCUUGGCAGCAUUCUAGGUUCGGUGCUGAUGAUAUUUGGGCUUUACCUUUUGCUGUGGGGAAAGAAGAAGGAUGCGUUGGCAUGUUGUACAGAUAACAAACAAGUGGAUGAAGAAGAGGCCGACAAGGAGGAGCAACAAGCAGAGAAAUCAUAAUUGGGAGGGAUAUCUAUAGAUAUGUGUAUACAGUAUGCACCACUGUAUCUCAGAAUAUUCAUAGCUUUUCUCCUCAUUUUUCCUAGUAGUAUAUGGAUAUACAUAGAACACCAUGUGCAGACUACUGCUCAUUCCUAUAUAUGAAGAAAUAAGCCAAAAUUUGGAGAUUUCAAAUCAAAA